AUGGACAAGAUUACUGGAUUUUCUGAUGAUGAACUGCUCGUAAAGAUAUUGUCGUUUCUUCCAACAAAAUUUGCUAUAACAACGAGUGUUUUGUCCAAGCAAUGGAAGUUUCUUUGGUUGCGGGUGCCAAAACUUGUGUUCAACGAGAGGAGCAUGUAUUCUUCAGAUUUUUUCGAUCGAUAUUUCCUCCUCCGUGACACCAAAACCUAUUCUAAAGCGUCGGAAAGAUGCCAGAGGAUGCGGUGUUUUAUUGACAAGAAUCUGCCAUUACAUAGCUCUCCGGUCAUGGAGAGCUUGCGUCUCAGGUUUUACAAUGCACUUUUUGAACCUGAGGCUAUCAAACUGUGGGUUGAAAUUGCAAUCUCUCGUUGUGUUAAGGAGCUAAGCGUUACUUUUAUUCGUUACAAGGGAAUAGGUAAUGUAUUACUGCCGAGUAGCUUGUAUACUUGCAAAUCACUUGUGACGUUGGAACUAAAAUACGACAUUCUCGUGGAUGUUCCUCAUGCUUUUGGCCUCCCCUCCUUGAAAACUUUGCACCUUCGACGUGUGAUUUACGCAGAUGAAGAAUCUUUUCAACGACUUAUAUCUAAUUCCUCUGUUUUGGAAGAUCUAGUUUUGGAACUACAUCCCGGUGGCAAUGUGAGAAAGUUAGCUGUCAUCAUUCCGUCAUUGCUUAGUUUAUCCUUGAUGAUGCCUGAUCAAUGUUCUGAAGAAUAUAGGAUAGAUACUCCUUCUUUGAAGUAUCUCAAAGUUAGAGAUUACUGUAAAAGUUCAUCCAGCUUGAUUGAGAAUAUGCCUAAGCUGGAGGAGGCAGAAAUCACUGCUGGUUACAAUAUCAGGAGGCUUCUUGAACUUGUCACCUCUGUCAAGCGUCUUUCAAUUGCAAUCUCGCUAGACGAAUUUGCAGAGGCUGCCGAAUAUAAUGAUGAACAUGGUAUUGUCUUUAACGAGCUUCAGCAUCUCAAGUUUCAUAUCAAUCACGCAUAUUGCUCCAAGGUACUAUACUGGCUGCUCAUAGCUUCACCCAAACUACGAAACUUGGAGCUCAGAGAACCAAUUUCACGUGAUCAUAUGGGCACAUUGGUUUGCUGGAAGCACUUCAGUGUUCCUCAAUGUUUGUUGUCGAGUCUCCAAACUUUCAAGUGGAGAGGCCGUGUAGAUGGGAAAGAUCUAGUGAAAUAUAUCUUAAAAAAUUCUUGCCAGUUAAAGACGGCUACGAUUAUGUUUGGACCAGAGUUGGAUCCACAAGAGAAGCUUGAGAUAGAGACGGAGGUGAAAUUUUGUUUCCGUGGUUCAUCCACGUGCAACCUCAAAGUGUUGCAUUUAUAA